AUAUAUACCGUUCCCACCGUAAUGCAUCACUCCCUGUAACAUCAAACUCUGUUUCUUUGUUUCUUUAUCGAAGUUUCAACUUGGUUUCCUUCUAAUGGGAACCUCUCUUCUCCGCUCCCACGAUUGUCUUCAAGGCCACCACGAUGCCUUGUCCCCAACUCCAUCUUCCAUCAGAUCACAAAGAAACCCUAGCCCUAGCCCCAACCCUUACCAGACUCGCCGGCGGAGGCUCCACGACGGCGACCGCUCCGGCAUGGUGGUGAAAGGCCCCAGCGCGAACCUCGUCAUGGGCCAUGUCAAGAUCCUCAAGAGAGGCGAGACGCUCAGCGCCGAGACCCGCGGCGGCGACGACGAAGGUUUCGAUUUGGUUUUGGGAUCCACGAACCGGUUGGGUCCCGAUCCGAGUUCCGUUCCGGUCCCUGGGUUCCUCGCUAUGAGGCGGUGAUCAUGGAUUCAUUGGUUGAUUUUAUUGUUGGAUUUCGGCGUUUAUCUCACGCAAGUGAGAGUCACGGGAGGAGGAGCGGCUGUUGAGAGCUUUCUUGAUCGUUUGAUUUGAUUGCACAGUCUCGACGAGCGAAUGAUUUGAUUUGUUUGGGUGCGAGCGAAUGAAGAAAAUUUUGGAGGCGAAAGGGAAAAGCUCGUGUGGAUCAGGGUUCAACUUUUGGUCCCGUGAAAGAGGAUUUAGGUCGCUGUUUGAAGACAAGAAUACGAUAUCCUACUGUGUAUUCCUGCAGUGUUCUUUUGUCUGCGAGUUUGUGUGGGUGCUGUGUUGGGUCUCCUUUCUUGAAUGUGUUUUAUUAUUUUAAUAUACUGGUGUAGUUCUGAAACUUAAUGCAUUAAAAUUUAUAGUUUUUUGAUCGACAAACAAGAUGUUAGUUUUUGUUAGUUAGUGAGAAAUUGGAACUUGUGACCUAUUUUUUCUUUUUUUUUUUCUUUCUCACCAAGUCAAUCUGCAUAAUAAAAUUUAAAUUACAUUA